AUGUUGCUACUAGUGCAUGGUGGCGCCGGCACAAUCGAGCCUCAGUACGUGCCCCUCAAACUAGCCGGCGUUAAACAAGCGGUGAGAGUUGGCUACGAAGCACUGGCCAAUGGCCGGUCGGCUGUGGACGCCGUGGAGGCCGCCGUCAGGCAUAUGGAAAACGAUCCGAUUAUGAAUUGUGGCUACGGGUCAGCGCUGACGAGCGCCGGCACUGUUGAAUGCGAUGCCUUUAUAAUGGACGGUCGGACACUUAAGUCGGGCGCUGUGGCCGGAGUGCAACGGAUACGUCACCCGAUAUCGUUGGCCAGGGCUGUGAUGGACCGCACGGACCACUGCCUGAUGAUGGGCACGGGUGCCGAAAGCUUGGCACAGGAGGUGGGCAUCGAUUUAGUGGACAACGAAUCACUCGUGCACGAGAUCGCACAGAAACGAUUGAAUGCUUACAAAAUUUUAAAACAAAAAGCGGCCGAAGGUAUGCCGAGUGGUGGGACUGCGCCAACUAAUACUACCAAUACUAUUGCCAAAGCGUUGGGCGCCGGGCGGGGAGAGCACGACACUGUGGGCGCUGUGGCCGUCGACUGGGAGGGCAAUUGCGCGGCCGCCACCUCAACGGGCGAAUUGACUGGCAAACGGGUCGGUCGUGUGGGCGACAGUCCUAUCAUUGGGGCCGGCGGUUACGCCGAC